AUGUCUACAAUAUACGUGAAUCAUGAGCCUCCAACAUACAAAGAACAGUUAGUCCACACAGCCAGAAGAUUCCCACGUUAUGCUAAAUCCUAUGUGCAAGGCCUCUUUCCGAUUGUUGGCUGGUUACCUCGUUACAAUUUAACAUGGCUCACAGGUGAUCUUAUAGCGGGUAUAACUGUGGGUGUGAUUGUAGUCCCACAAGGCAUGGCCUAUGCUAAGGUGGCUCAAUUACCACCAGAAUACGGUCUCUACUCAUCGUUUGUCGGACUGUGUAUUUACUGUUUCUUUGCGACGUCAAAAGAUAUUUCUAUUGGUCCCACUGCAGUAAUGUCACUUUUGAUCGGUCAAGCUAUAUUAUCAAUUGGUACCGCUGAAUAUUCCGCUCCUCAAAUUGCUUCUUGUCUAACACUGUUUAGUGGCCUAGUUACUUUAGUCAUUGGUCUAAUAAGGCUUGGUGUGUUAGUGGAUUUUAUUCCCAAUCCAGCUAUUGCAGGUUUUAUGACUGGUUCAUGUAUAACAAUCAUCAUCGGUCAAUUACCAAAACUAUUCGGGAUAACUGGUAUCAAAUCCAGUUUAGCAGCGUAUUUAAUAUUAGGAUAUACUCUUAAAGGACUUCCACACACUCAAUUAGAUCUGGCCUUUGGCGCUGUUGGUCUCGUAUGGUUGUACACCGUCAAAUAUUCGGUCCAGUAUUUGACUCGACGUUAUCCAAAGCGUGAGCGACUAUUGUUCUUUUUUGGAAUUGCUCGAAAUGCGAUCUUGGUCAUUGUUGGAACUUUAAUUGCCUAUUUAAUUAAUUUACACAAGACCACAAGCCCGAUCAGUAUAUUAAAAAAAGUUCCGUCAGGAUUCAGACAAAUGCAUCCUCCCAUUACUACACCGGCUAUUUUAUCACUAAUAGCCCCGUACAUUGUGCCGACUGUGAUUAUUUUGAUCUUAGAACACGUAGCUAUUGCUAAAUCAUUUGGAAGAGUAAAUGAUUAUAAAAGUAAGCAAACAAUAAUAACUAUAGUCUGUUAG